AUGAUAUUAAGUGGUCCAGAUAUUGUAGCAAUUGUGAUCUAUUUCUCAGCACUUUUUGGAACACUGGCAAACCUCAUCAUUCUAUUUGUUUUUAUAAGCAAUGCUGUGAAGCAGAAGGUGUUUCAGCCACUGGACAGAAUCAUAGUCAACAUGGCUUUUGUUAAUCUUUUGCUCUGUUGUUACAAGGAGAUCCCUGGGCUGCUUGUUUUCUUCGAUUCCAAAGUUUUUGGGUCUGUUGGAUGCCGGAUUCUGCUCUAUGUUUACCACACAUUUAGGUUGGUCAGUAUUUGGUCAGUGGAGAACCUGAGCUUUCUUCAUCUCAUCAAGAUAAGGAGACCUGGUCUUCGUUGGUCAAAAUUUAUUUACAGGCACCAAGGACAGUAUGUGAAUUGGACUCUUGCUGUGUGUUGGGUAAUAAGCAUCACAUUACACAUGCCCUAUCUUUUAUAUAAAGAUCAAGGGGCUCCACAAAAUAAAAGCAGUAGUUUGCUGGUAACAAGUACUAACUGCAUCAGUCCAUCUGAGAGUAUGUUGCUCAAACUCCUUACCUAUGCAACUGUCACCCUGGACUUUGUAUUAAUUAUUAUUGUUAUUCUAUUAAAUGGAUUUAUAAUAGACCUGAUCUUCAGACACAGGAGGCAAGUAAGAGACACAACAACCAUUAGACAGGGUUGGAACAAGCACACAGCUCAAGCUACUAAGAUAUUAUUGUCACUGUUGUCUCUUUAUGUCAUUUGCUGGAUCUCCAGUGACAUGGUUUGGAUUGCUAUUGUUUCUGGCAUAAUACAGGACGAUUAUGAGAAUGACAUGCUUUCUGCUCUCUAUGGCAUUCUGUCGUCCAUUUACUACUCGGUCAGUGCUUGUAUUAUUGUCUUUGGUUACAGACAAGUAAAGGAUUACUUGGUGCAGGCAAGCUGCUGUUGCCGUUGUCGGAGUACAAUGCCAACAACUAUACAAACUAUACAUUGA